CAGGAAUGUAUCAAAAACAAGAAGAGUCCAAAAGGCACACCAGCUUAUCUCAAAAAAGCUCUUGAACGAGCAAUGAGAGAAUACCAUUUUGGAAUCAAACAUGAAAAAUAUGUUAUUGAAGGAAAACCAAAAAUUAUUCCAGUUGAGCACUUUAGGGAAAAAGUGCCGCAAAGAAAAGAGUUUCUUAGAAAUCAUACAAAUAUUAAAGUUAGAUUGAUAAUGGCUUGUUUAAUGGAGAAACAAGUUGUUGAUAAGAGAAUAGUGAGACUUUCCAUCUUUCUCAAACAAAAGUAAAUCGUGUUUUGGCAAUCUUUUCUUACUGGGUAGAUUUUAUUUUGUUCAUUGUCCGAAAAUACAUUUAUUUUUGAGAGACUUGGAUUUUGUUUUUCAAACUUUGUUACAUGUAAGACUUUUACUGGAAAAUCUAUUUUGUAAAAAUUGAGGUCAUCCUCAUAUUGCUCAAGGUCAUUUAUCCUUUUGCUGUUAAGGUUAACUGGAUGAAGAAAUCUUAAUAUCGACCACAAAAGACAAUUGUUAUCAUUUUGUUUUCUAUAUUAAGAAUGGCUUUUUUUCUCAUUAUAAAAUCCGGAAGUUGAAUGUAUGAUGGGCUCUUUAUUGGUUUGUAAUCAACAGUAUGAAUUUCUAAUCAUAAUACUUCCUUAAAAUACCAACCUGAAUCAUUUCUUUGAUAAUUUAAAAUAGCAAGAAUUUCAUAAAUCAUUCCAAACAGUAUUUUCUUAAUACUCGUUGCUUCAAGAUAUAUAUAAGUUUGAGUCUGAAAAUAAGCUUUACCUUUUCAAGAUUAAGUAGUUCUCAGGUAAGCAAAAAUACAUUGCUUAAACAAUACUUCUGCUGAAAAUGCCUUUCACAUUUAGUACAAGAGGAAUUUUUCAAAAAACACUUUACAUAUUGUUACGUUAAUGAAGCUACAAUUUCCUCUUGCUCCAGAGGAAAUGAAGAUUGAUACAACCAAAAAACUUGUUGGAAACUUUUGUCCAAAAUGUCAUCAUGUAUUACAUUACAGAAAUUGAAAACAAUAUUUUGAACUUGGAAUGAUACUAAAAAAAGUUCACAGAGGAAUCUCAUUUUAUCAAUCAAGGUGGAUGGGACCAUAUAAAAAAAAGAAUAGAGAACUUAGAAAGCUGGCUUCAAACAGUUCUGAGAAGGAUUUCUUCAAAUUAAUGAAUAAUUCAGUAUUUGGAAAGACAAUUGAAAACAUCAGAAAGAGACAAAAUGUAAUAUUGAUAGAUAAUCGUGAACAAGCAAUCAAACUGUCAUCAAAACCAAACUCUGACGGAGGAACAAUAUUUGAUGAACAUCUAAUUGCAGCCCACAUGAAAAAAGAGAGAAGUUUAUUUCAACAAACCAAGCUAUAUUGGACAAGCAAUUUUGGACUUGUCAAAAACUUUAAUGUUUGAUUUUCACUAUGAUUAUAUUUGUGAGAAGUAUGGAGACAAAGCUGAUUUAUUAUUUACCGAUACAGACUCAUUAAUGUAUGAAAUAGAAACAGAACAUUUUUAUAAGUAUAUAUCAAAUGAUGUAAGAAAAAAGUUUGAUACAAGUGAUUAUCCAGAAAACCAUCCAUCAGAAAUUAAAACAGGAAUAAACAAAAAAGUUAUUGGAACAUUGGAGGAUGAAGCUUGUGGAAAACAAAUAACACUUUUUGUUGGUCUUAGAGCCAAACUUUAUAGUUAUAAAUUAGAUGACUUGAACAAAGUAAAAGAGGGAAAAAUGUAA